AUGUCAGCUCCGUGGAAAUAUCGUUUGAAGGUUAGUUUUUUUUCAUUUUUUGAAGCCUGAUGAGACAUUUUUGAGAUAAGAUGUGCGAGAUUGUUGCGUGUUUGUCGCUAUGUUCCGUACUGGAUCGCUGCAAAGGUAAAGUGGUUGGUUUUCCCUUUAUUCUCUAAUGAAAAAAUAAUUUCAAGGUAUUUCUUAACGAUGCCGCUUCCCUUGACUCUUUUCGAUAACCGGCCUUUGAGGUGGGUAUAGUUGGAGAAUUUCAAAAAAUUUCAUGUUUAUGCAUUUCCAAACAAGAAAAAAACUACAUAAGGCUCUCAAAUUCUUAUGUCAGCUUAUAGGAACUCACUUAUUCGAAAGUUAUUAAAAAUAUGGCUUAAAGUUUCCGAAUCCACUCGGUACAUCAGAAAGUCUACUGGCAAGGAAAAUUUAUAACUUCGAAGAUACUAAAAUUUUAUUCCUUGUGAGAUGCCUUGUUCCAUCGCGCGAAGAAUUAAUUCGUGGUCGACAAAUUUUCAUAGAUACCGCUUCGUGAGCACUUUAAGCCAUUUUUUAUGCAACCAACUUGUUCAAAUUUGGAGGGACACAAAACUUACCGCUUUUUUUUCAAGGCUUAUCACUCCUUUUCCAGGCUAAAAGAAAAAGGAUUCGUCGUUCAAGAGCCCCGGCUGGUGCGCAAGGAGGAAGGGAGCGGAUCUACAAGUACUUUAGGAGCUCAAGCCAACUUUUGUCUAAUCACACAACCUCAUCCUAUUUUAUAG